UCCAGCUCUUCUCAAUCGUCCCAAAAAGCCAAAAUCACAUUUUCCACAGAGAACUUCCCUUUCAUUUUCACCCGGUUUUCCUCUAAUUUUCUAGGCUUCGUCGCCGUCAAUUGGAUUCUGAUCUCGCCGGAAAAAAUGGCCGUGCGGGCGGCCGAUCGCUUUCCAAGUGACCGGAGCAUCAUCAUCAGCUUGACGAUGCCGUGCCGUCGCGUCUCUCCAAAACCCUAAACCGUAUCAGAGAAAAUCCCAAGCGAAAGCAACUUUUUGAGUUAGCAGAGCUUCGAAGCUAUCCCAAGCUUUGUUUCGCAAAUUAGCGGUAAAGAAAACUAUAUAAUAGUAAUCAGAGUUUUAGGAUUCCGCUGCAUCGAUUCAAUUCAACGAUCUCGUUCGAGAAGAUGCUGCAGAGCAAUCAGUGAAAGGUUGAUUUUGAUCGAUGUAUCGGCAUUUGAACCCUCUGGCUUUUCAUUUUGGGGUUUGAAUUUUGUGGUCUUGGUACUUUAUCUUUUCGAUAGCUUUAAUUGUUUCAGAAAUUUUUUAUCGUAGUUAAAUUUCUUCGUCCGAAGAGUCUCCGUCAGAGUUGGAGAUAUUUUUUUUUUUUUUUGAGAAAGAAAUGGAGGAAAUUGUUCUUGAAAAUCGGAGGUUCUGAGAGAGCACUUUCUCUCCGAUCCUGCCGUUUCCGAUGAAAAUACAGCCGAUUGAGUCACACGCGGGGCCUGUGGAAGCGGCGACUAGGUUCGAACCGGUGAAGCCGGUGGCCAAGUCACGGUUCAAGAGGCUCUUCGAGCGACAGUUCACGAGCGUAUUGAGAACAACGACCCCUGCAGCGGCGGCGGCGGAGGAGAAGGUCGUCGUCUGGGGUGUCGAGGAGCUGCAUUUCAACAAAGACGGCUUCACGGACUUGGCCGGCGGCGAGUUCGAGCCGAGCUCAGUCUGCUUGGCGAAUAUGGUGCAGAACUUCAUCGAAGAGAGCAACGAGAAGCAAUCGUCGGCCAGGUGCAGCCGGAACCGCUGUAACUGCUUCAACGGAAACUGCGACGACAGCUCCGACGACGAAUCGGAGCCUUUCGGUUUCGGUGAUUCCAAUCUGGCUUCAUCCGGCGAAGCAUGUGAGCUUCUCAAGAGUUUGGUGUCGUGCCCAAGUCUAUGCGAAAGGAAUUUGCUAGCGGACACAGCUAGAAUCGUCGAGAAAAACAAGAUGUGCAAGCGUAAAGACGACAAUGGCAGACUGGUUGUUACUGAUAAUCUGUUAGCUCUCGGAUACGACGCUUCAGUCUGCAAAACUCGUUGGGAAAAAUCCCCUUCCUAUCCUUCCGGGGAGUACGAGUACAUUGACGUGAUCGUAAAUGGGGAGAGGCUGCUAAUCGACGUGGAUUUCCGAUCGGAGUUUGAGAUUGCUCGACCGACGAAGAGCUACAAGGCGAUUCUGCAGGCUCUUCCUUAUAUUUUCGUUGGGAAGCCCGAUCGGCUGAGGAGGAUCAUCGGAAUUGUUUCGGAGGCGGCGAAGCAGAGCCUGAAGAAGAAGGGAAUGCACAUUCCGCCGUGGAGGAAAGCAGAGUACAUCAAAGCCAAGUGGCUCUCUCCUCACACCCGCGCCUCAAUCUCCGUCAAUUCCUCACCGGAUUCCUUGCCUGAAAAGACCGAGACCCAGGCUUUGAUCAAGUCCAUGGAGUUUGAACAGAGUCGUACCGAGUUGGCAAAGUCGGUGGACUCUUCUGAGCCGGAGGAGUCGGUUUUUCAGUUGUCUGAGGGAGAAGAGGAGAAGGCGGUGGUGAAGGAGUGGAAGCCGCCGGAGGUGAAGCCCAGGAGAGCAUCAGGGGUGAAGAUUGUGACUGGUUUGGCUUCAGUCAUGGAAGAUGAAAAUGAGCCAUGAAAUUUUGAUCCUUUUUUUUUUGUUCUUUCUUUUUUGACCUAUUAGAGACCUGAAAUAUCGUAUAUGCCUUGUAUAUGCCUAUAUGGAAGCCUAUAACCGUAAUGAUCCCUUCUAUGUUUUUGAUGUAAGGGUCGGAGUUUACAAGUAGCAAUAAAAUUCUCGAAGAAGAAACUAGUUUUGAAAA